AUGCACGACCUCCGAAAGAAGGCUUUGCUGGAGAGCGGCAAGACCUUGUCGAGGAAAGCACGGUUGAAGCCCGACGGUUCGCGCCUGAAGUCAGACACGCCGCGUUCGUCUGCGAACCAGUCGCCAAACCAGUCACCGGGAAACUCUAGGGCAGGCUCUCGAGCCAACUCGCGACCAGGCAGUCGCUACGCGUCAGAGGAUGAGGGUGGCGCGAGUGAUGCUGACAAUGACGACGACAUCAUGACUAUGAGCACAAACUCGGCGUCUGCCGAUGACGACGAGUUCGACGAGUUGUCCAGCAGCACCUGGUCUGAACGACUUCGAGAUCACAUCGCCGAAGUCAAAGACCGCAAGCGCAGCAUUCAGGCACGAGAAGAGACAUUGGCGGCAUAUCUACACAUACUACGCCACCAUUUUGCGCUUUCUGAGAUUAAAAAAUCCGUUUCAGAGGUCGUCCCUGCGCUUCUCCGGAGCAUUAGGGGCGGAGGCAGCGAAGAGGAGCGCACUCUGGCGACGGCCGCCCUUACGAUGACCAUCCUCACCUUUCCGUCAGAGACAGUCUUUGAGCACGUUUUACCAACGCUUAAGGCCGCAUGUGAAGAGGACGAGGAAGCAACGGUCAAGGCUGAAGCUAUCCAAGCGCUCAGCCUAGCCGUGACAUAUGGGGGAGGCUCGAGUACGGCCGCAGAUGAGGUUCUCGAUUAUCUUCUCGAAAUAAUUGAGAGCGACGGGCGGUCAGCCGGCGCAGACGACAACGGCGCGGUGGUAUCGGCCGCCCUUCAAGCCUGGGCAUUCGUGGCCUCACAUGUGGAAGACUUGGAGGCACAUAGCGACCAAGCCAUAGAGGCGUUUAUGGAGCAGCUGGACAGCACCGACCCGGAUGUCCAGACGGGUGCCGGGUGCAAUAUUGCCCUCCUUUUCGAGGCGGCGCGCGAAUACGAACAGGAGACGGGCGAGAGCUUCAACCUUCAGUAUAACCAGCACAGGAUCAUGACGCGAAUGGCAGAGAUUGUCAAGGACUCGUCAAAGACGAUCUCGAAGAAGGGGCGAAAGCAGCUGCGGUCAAAGUUCUCGAGCAUCGUCACCUCGCUGGAGCGGGGCAAGGGGCCGGGCUACUCGACAGCGGGUCGCGGGGCCGUCAACCCGCACACAGGCGGGAACAAGACGAGUGGCCAGGCCGAGUUCCAAGAGUUUGGGUACCGCGAGAAGUUGCGCGUCAACGACCAGAUUGUCGUCAUCAACACCUGGUCGCUUCACGCGAGGGUCGAGACUCUCAAGGCUGUGCUAGGGGGCGGCAUUGGCAAGCAUUACAUGGAGAACCCGGUGAUCAAAGACAUUCUUGACUCGGCCGAAGUUGAGCUUCUUUGGAAGCCGAAAAAGUCAAAACAUUCUAUAGCGGAGGAGGACGAGGAUUGA